AGGACUCGCCUUGGAACAGGGACUGCACAAGCUUUGGUGUCUCUGAAGCCAUAGCUGUAGCCCUUCUCUACUGAGAACCAGGAAGGUAAAACAUGGAGGAGGACCAGGGAUGAAAAAGGGAGAAGUGCCUGGGUGAGGGCGCUCAGAAGCACAAGCAGAUUUCUCCUGCCUGGGUAUUGCAGGCAACCAGCCAGCUAGGUCCUCUGGGGCUUCCCAGGGCUUCCAGCUCAGGCCAAAGCUCUGCCAGAGGUUGUCUGCCUUCUGUGAGGGCUUGGGUGGGGGAGCACCAGAGCUGUCAGAUCUGCUCACUGAGAGAUGCAUCAAGACUGUGAGCUGUGUGCCCACUAGUAAAGCAGUGCAGCUCAGGAGCUGGCUGGCCAUCCGCUGCCAAGGAGACAGUGCUUUUCUCUGUCUGUCUUUGCCAGUGCAGACAGACCACAGCACAGCAAGUGAGCUAUUAAAGAACAGCUCCAGCCAGCCAACACAUGCUCAUUCAUCAUCCUGGAGCAGGCAGAGGGAUGUGCCAGCUGCCUUCAGCCAGUACCCCUUCACAAAGCCCAUGCCAAAUAGCUCAGCAUCAUAGAGGGAGUUUGGAUCAGACUAGAGAGCCAAGAACCCUCCAGCAUAUCUUCUUAUGUCCUGAGGGUGCUGAGAGACCUGUUCUUCCCCAGGCUCGGAGCUCAUGCAUUUCUUAGUGACAGCCCCAGCACAGAAGCAUCACUCAGAGGCAGUUUGGAGAGGAUGUGUGGGUUGGCAUGGGAUUCACCAAGGUGUUACCUGCCUCUAGGACCCACCCCAGGCAGGUAGAGCUGCAUGGGAGAUUGGCUGCCAAGCACCUGCAGGGAACACUGUGGUUCCUGCAGGUCAGCACUAGUUCUUUUAAUGUCUUUGUGCAGUACAGCCUGGUUUUACCCCUGCUUCCCGCCCCUGGUACCAUUGUCUAGCUGCCAAGUAUCCAAUCCUGAUGCCCAGCCAACAUUGCUGGGUACCAGUGUGCUCCAGCUCCCCAUCUGGAACACCUCUCUUUCAGGAAAGGGAUACCCUUUUACCUAACUCAUAUUAGGGGCUUGGACAAGAAACAAUUCCUUUAUUGCUGCUGCACAUAGCUAAUGUGUAUGUUGCCUUAGUUAGGGUAGCAAAAGAUCUGUGUAUACCAACAGCUUCUGAGCAAAGCCACCAACAGCUGAAGAUUUGGCCAAGGGCAGGAGCCUGAAGGCAGCUUUGGGACUGACUGUGCCUGAAGCCCUACUCUGUUCCUCCCUUGCAUCAAAGGAUCUAAAGGAAGAGCCAAGAAGAGAUCGCUCCAAGGACAGAGUUUGUGAUGCAUCAUUGCCUGUCAGCUUCAGGGCUGGAGCCUGAAGAGUAAAAACUGAAGAGGAAGGAAAAGAUUCCACUCUUUCACAUGGAAAAGCAACUGCCUCCCAGGUAAGCUGCAAAGCUGCUUCUUUGCUUGCUUGAGAAACAUUCUGCUGUUCUUGCAGAGCCUGGGUAAUUCCCCAGUGCUUUCAGGAAGCCCUUGAGCUCACUGACCUCCUCUAUGCCAGAGCUGCUCCCACAGCAGGACACAGGCAGCUGCAGGCACAAGGGAAAAACUGCCCCUGGAGCUCUUCUGCUGCUCACAGACAAGGCCUCAAGCUGCAUCACUGAACAGCCCUAGGAUGGACUUCAGCCAGAUUUUCCCUGCUGUGAGGGGUAGGAGGUGCACACAGGCUGACUGUGUCAUAACUGCAAUCCCAGCCGGAGGAGGCAGGGAAGCUCUCUGGGCCCCAUCCUCUUUGUAACAGGUUGCAAAGUCCAAGUCAUCACUGACAAACACAAAUAACUCCUCUUAAUGAGUCUGGGGAGUUCAAUUUGGGAGAGCUCACAGAGUCUGGGGGCGGCUUCAUAUGUUUCAAACACUGCAAUCUGAGAGCUGUUUUGCUCCAGCAGGAGCAAGCAAGUGUGCAGGAAGGUCUCUGCUUCCUCACCUGCAAAUUUCAGCUGUGGGUUUCUAAGGAGUCCAUUUUUUGUACACCUGAAAAAUCAGUCUGUCCUUAAAUGUGCAAAGACAGUGAAGACUACAAGCUCCUUCCCAUCCCCUCCCCAGGGCUCCUCCAUCUUCUCGGCUAGGUUGAAGCCAGCUCUGUAUAUUUAAACAUUCUGACUUAAUCUUCACCAGGAUCCUUGUCCUGAUUUUCUUCUUCUGCAUUUGUACCCCUUUACCAAAUGCUCCUGGUUAAUUCAGACCAGCCUCAGCUGGCCUCAGGUUGGGGAUGCUGGCCCAGAUACACUUCGAUUCUGGCCACUCCCAAAGCAAACCUCUGUGUGUGGUAGUCUGCUUGCAUACGUGCAUGUGCAUUGCAGACCUCACUGCAGGUUCCUGCAAGGAAACAGCAGGAUAUGGCUACCCAUAGUGCAGGACAUGUGGGAAUGGGACUUUGUCCCUGUUCCCUGCCACACUACAGAGGACACACUCUAUGCCCUGUCCCCAGAUACGCAAUGUUAACUCCAGGCAUUAGGAGGCUCAAAUGGAAGUCUGAAAACACGGCUCUAAGCUUGUGCUUUCCUUCAUUGAAAACACCUCCAGCAUCAGCAGUGCUGGAGGAAGUGGGGACGCUGGCUUAGCUCCUCCCGGUUGGUAAUUCAUUACCGCCUGUUAGCUCAGAUCCAUCCGGCAGCACCUACAUCCUGGCACAGACGUGUUAAUUUCACACAUAAAAUGCUGUAUCCAAAUGCAUCACUGAGACAUUCUCCCCGAAACCUUUACCACGUGCCUGCUUUCACGGCACUUUACAUGCAGCAGUCCUGCUAAUGGGGGUGUUUUGUUCCCGAUGCAUGCCUGGCACCCGCCUUAACAAUCAGAGCUGCAGAAUCCAUCUUCCGAGAAGGACAAGGGGGAAUCUUCCUGCAAGAGGCAGGGAGGCAGCAAGCGGAGGCCACAGGUUUCACCCAUGGAAUGCUCAGAUGAAGAGAGGGAGAAGCAGCUCGCGUGCGUACGGCUGGUUUAUCUCAUAGCAUUGUGCAAUGAUGCAAAGGUGCAGCCUUGCUUCCCGGCUCCCUCAAGGGGUCUCCCCUACAGACCUGGACAAGGUCCCUUCCCCCUUCUCCUGACUUUGGUCUGACGGCUGUGACUGACAGUGUGGUGGUAAAUCCUGCCUCCAGGAAAAGCCAGUGUGGGUGCGGGACCCAAUGCUUUGUUCGUUCGCACAGCAGGUGUCGGAGGUGCUCCCGCUGCAGACAGAGGGUAGCCCAGGCUGGCUGCAGCAUGGCUUUCUGUAGAGGUUUGUCCAGGGCCGGGCUGGCUCUCACAGAGCCGAGGCUCUCCCAGCAAGCCUGUUCAUGGCGGCUGCCAAGCCACAGCCCAGCUUUCCCCAGCGUUAUGCCUCCUCCUGCAGCUCCCCCAACACAGCUCACAUGCUUCUGGUUCUCCAUUCCUUUUCAUCCUCCACUCUCUCAUUACCCAGAGCUUUUCUUUCCUUCUGUGUCCCCCUAGAGCAUACAGGGGAGGGUUCUGCUGGUCUGGGAAGGUUCAUCCCUCGCCUUGUAGAUACGAAUACAGAGCAGGACCCGGGUGACCAGUGGAGUUCAGAAGAUCCCCCUAGACCCUUCCUGUACCCCCUGUCCUCUCGGCUGGGCCCUGUCGCCCUCGCAGUCCCUAACACUGGAGUGCUGGGACAUCAUCGCAGACCCCAAGCCCCUCGCACCGCCAGGAGCACCAGGCGAGCUCCCCGUCGGUGAAGGUCAUGCCGGGGCGGCGGCUGCCCAGUAGAGCCGCGCCGGCUUCCCCCGCCUCUCCCGCCCUCACCGGCGAGAGGGCGGGCCGCACCGGGUGCCCGUACAGCGGUGAUUGGCUGGCGGCGGGUGGGCGGGGGAAUAGCGGGGCCGCGGCUGGCUGCAGCGACGGGCGCGGAGCCCAGAGCGGGCGCCGCGGAGCAUCCUCGGGUACCGAGGCCCCGGUGCGGGCCGCUUUCCCCUCAGCCGCCGGUCUCCUCCUAUGGGCGGUGCCGGUGCCCCGGCUUCCGCACGCCCGUCCCGUUCGGCGUUAGCAUGGGCACGGUGCUCUCCCUCUCCCCCGCCGCCUCCUCGGGCAAGGGCGGAGGCGGCGGGGGGGGGUUGCUGGCCGACAAGGUGCCGGGCAGGGUGCCGGGCAAGGGCGAGAGCCGGCUGAAGCGCCCCGGCGUGCUCAUCUCUGCGCUCACCUGGAAGCGUCUGGUGGCUGCCUCGGCCAAGAAGAAGAAGAAUACCAAGAAGGUGACGCCAAAGCCCGGCGGCGGGGCCCCGGGAGGGGGCCCGGGCCAGCCCGACCCGCUGGUGGUGCAGCGCAACCGCGAGAACUUGCGCAAGUCGGUGGUAGGGCCAGCUGAUGGUGCCAAGCAGGGGCCGCUGGCCGUGCCGGUACCUACCGUGCCCUCGGCACCUCAGGAGCUGCACCCGGGCUCCGGCGGGGGCAAGCCGCCACCGCCACCGCCGCCAGCCGGCAGCCGCGGCGCGGGGUCCCCGCGGCGGGUGGUGGUGCAGGCGUCCACCGGCGAGCUACUGCGCUGCCUGGGGGACUUCGUGUGCCGCCGCUGCUACCGGCUGAAGGAGCUGAGCCCCGGCGAACUCAUCUCCUGGUUCCGCAGCGUGGACCGCUCGCUGCUGCUGCAGGGCUGGCAGGACCAGGGCUUCAUCACCCCCGCCAAUCUGGUGUUCGUCUACCUGCUGUGCCGGGAAGCUUUGAGGGGAGAAGACAUCGGGAGCCAGGCCGAGCUGCAGGCCGCCUUCCUCACCUGCCUGUAUCUCGCCUACUCCUACAUGGGCAACGAGAUCUCCUACCCGCUCAAGCCCUUCCUGGUGGAGGGCGACAAGGGCCGCUUCUGGGAGCGCUGCCUGGGCAUCAUCCAGCGCCUCAGUGCCAAGAUGCUGCGAAUCAACGCGGACCCGCACUACUUCACGCAACUCUUCCAGGACCUCAAGAGCGAAGGCGAGGGCGGAGACGGGUCCAAGCACUGGACGAUCAGCUUGGACCGUUAGGGAGGUACCGGGCCCCCGGAGCUGGGGCGGAAAGGGCCGCGCACCGAGGGGCGGGGGAGGCGAAGGACUGCCGGUUCUCCCCCCUCCCGCAUCCUCCUCGCCUUCCCCCCUUCCCGGCCGCCAGCUCCACGGAGACGCUGCCUGGACCCUCCCUGCUCCGGAUCUGGCCGCUCCGCGCCUCCCCCUUGCGACCCCAGCUGGGGGCUGCGCUCCGAGACACCGAGAGAGCAAAGAAGACCGGGGUCGGGGGGUGUUGAGGGUGCCUGCGUGCCCCUCCUGCCUGAGCGAUGAUGAGGGAGGGAGGGAGGAAGGCUGCUGAGGAGCGGGGGCCCCUGAGUGCAUUUCUCUAGAGCAAAAUGGAGCUGGAGACCCAGGGCAGAGGGUAGCGGAGGAGUCUCCCGUGUGCAUGCCAACGGCCCCCCAGCCUCGGGCAGAGCGGGGCCCCGCGCCGCCGGAGCCGGGCCCGGAGCUCUCCGUGGUGCUGGAGCCACAGCGGCUCCGCAAACAAAGGCGGGGGGGGGGGGGGGGGGGGGGGCGGCGAUGUGGGCGCUGCCUUCCCUAGGGCCCUCCGCGGGGGGACGCGGACUCCCCCGGGCACGGACGACAUCGCCCCUGACCCCGCGGGAGCCGCCCGCUUGUCCCUUUGUUCGAGCCGUCGGGGAGUGGGGCGCCCACCCCUCCUACCCCCCGGGUAACACACACUUUCCCCCCCACCCUCCCCUGAUGCGCCCCUCAAAACAGGGUCUUGGUGGAGUGAUGCCCCCCUCCCCCCCGCCCCUGUCUUGCUGCGGGGAAAGAGAUCUGUGCCAGAGGAGGCAUAGGGAGGCCAGAGGGAGGGGGCCUGCUGUGGCGGGGGUGGGGUCCCCUCUCCUCUUGCUUUGCUUUGCUGGAGAAUAAAGUGGUGGCCUGGA